AUGCCAAGUUUGAAAACAAAGCAUCACAUGAGCUAUUGUUGUUGCGAAAAGACCGUGUCUACAUCCCGGGGUGACAUUCGAGUGCUUGAAGCUAAAGACGUUCUCGCUCUGCAUCACAUGAUUGACUGCAUUGUAUUUCCGCAUAAGGGAAAUACGCCAUAUCCAAAUGAGUAUUCAGAGAGUGACUUGGAUGGGGAUGGGGAUUUGUAUUUCCUAUCUUGGGAUUGUGAUUUGAUUACAACAGGAAUGACUAUACUCUUAAACCAGUCGACGAGACAACUUCCUCACCUGUCACGGUCCAGAAAAUCAGAGAAUUUUUCACCGACCACGCUAUGA